ACACAUGAAAGACACCACCAAACGCAAGCGAUUAUGUCGGGGCCAAUUCGACGAAAAGUAUUUUUGAGGAAAUUUGUCACAAAAACGAACGUCAAAUAUCUCUUUCUUUCGAGAGGAUUUUCAGUGGGAUUUGUCACAAAAUAACUUUGCAUAAGAACGAAGACUUUACUACUGAUCACGUCAAACAAUGGAGGGCAACUACCCGCCCGGUUUUUACCUUCCGGACAGAGACCAACAAGAAAACAGACAUCAUGCUUCGCAACAACAGCAACCACCACCUCCACCACAGCAGCAACAUGUUGCCCACUUUCCCAUGGACAUCCCGAUACCAUACCACACCUCUUCGCAGCAUCAGCCUGAAUUUGUCGAUCAUCAGCCUCUCAGAGCAUUCACUAUACCGCAUCCCGCUGCUCCGAUGCUCAGCUCAAUUUAUCAUGAUUCAGCACCUGGGAUUUCUAAUGCAGGAAUUAUUCAUCAAGCUCGUCAGCAGCUCCCGGUCCACUUACGAGGUCAUGGGGUCAAAUCGACUCUGGCCGCAAACUAUGCCCCACCAGGCCCACCUAUCACAACUCAUGACAUAGUAAGAGAGAGAAACAACUUGCCAAUCACAACUCCUGAAUCUGUUGAAAGGAAUAUUCAAACUCUAACAACUCCUGAUCAGAGUACGAAGAACAAUCCAUCUCAUCCGCAAGGUCAACCAUCUACCAUAACAACUUCAGCAAAGCAGAUACAAGCGAUCAAGCAGCGAGAACCAUGCCUUCCUCCACCCUCUUCCCAUCUUACCAGUGUUACUUCCUCAUCCAUGCAUCAAUCAAGCUCUACCCCAUCUAUCCAUCAAGCCACUUGUACCCCUUCCUCCUCCCAUCAAACAACUCCUAACCCUUCAUCAGCGGGCACCACUAAUCCGACUCCAAAUGCCUCGAGAGUGGGGUCGCAGCUGUUUGCCGCCCUCAACCUCAAGAAGACCAAGCCCGUGUUGGAGCUUCCGCAGAAUCUUGCCUUUAAAACCUCUGCGGAAUGUAAGGUUGAGGGCGUCCUUGCCAAGGAGGUGAUCAUGAAGGGGGUGGAGUUUGGACCGUACGCAGGAACGCUCUUGAAUGAGGAGGAGGGAUGGUCAUGGGAUACCACCUGGGAGGUAUGUCUCUCAGAUUUCAAUUCAUUCCUGUAUAUCGAUGGCCAGAAAACGUGGAUGCCUAAAGUAAAAUGCGCCCGUAACGAGGAGGAACAAAACAUGGAGGCCUUCCAGUGCUACGGUAAAAUCUUCUUCAGGAGCACAAAGGUCAUUGAACCAGGAUGUGAACUGCGAGUAUUCUACAGCGAAGAAUAUGCAAAACAUGUCGGGAUAGAGACAAGACUGAAGGACCUGAAAUUCAAUAAAGAUGCUCAGAAGUUCCAGUGCAGUCACUGUGAGGGUAUGUUCACAUCUCCCAAACUAAUCCUGAGGCAUAUCAGGUGUGAACACAGCAACAGUGAACCAUGUGAGAUGAUCCCUGUGCUUUCAUGGAAACGGAAAGGAAAGAAGAAAGGAAAAGAGAAAAUUCCCAUGGCCGUUAAAGCAAAUGUGGCAGUUAAAACUAAUAUGGCUGCUAAAAUGAACUUCAACCACAAAGUGCCAAAGAAAAGGGAGGUUAACGAAGAGGAGGAAGAGUCAAAGUUUAAGUGCGAUACAUGUGGCAAGGCUUUCCCAUCUUUAGGAAGGUUGAAAGAACAUGAGUUGUUUCAUGAGAUGAUGAAUGGGGAUAAGCCUUAUGAGUGCAGUGAAUGUAGCCAAAGGUACACUGCACAGAGCUCCCUUAACAGGCACGAAAGGGAAGCCCAUGGCUUUCUAAACGAUUACAAACCCAGGAAUCGACAAAAGAAAUCAAAACCUAAAAAAGGACCAAAGAAACCACUCCACUGCCAAUACUGUGGCCAAGGAUACAAAUCACGCGGCGCCCUCGCUAACCAUGAGCGGAAGAUCCACGGCUCCAGACAACAGUUCCGGGAACCUGAACCCGCAACCGACGAGCCACAGGAUAUGCUUGGUAGACCGUCCGAUUACUACCAGCGACCUUACAAGUGUCGCUUCUGUCCAAAGAGAUACACUUCUUGGACAACGGUUGAACAGCACGAGAAAGAAGUCCACACGGGGGAAGGCACCUUUAAGUGCAGCCAUUGUCCAAAGAUUUGCGCCAGUGAGAGCCGUCUGAAAGAACACCUUGUUGUCCAUAACUACAUGCACAUGCACCGCUGCACGCUCUGUCCGCGAAGCUUUGCUUCCGAAAGUGCCCUGAAAAAUCAUCAAGGAGAGCAUACAGGACUGAAGCCGUUCAAGUGUGAAAUCUGUGGCCGAGGGUUCAGAACUCGAAAGUUGACUUUGAAGCACAAGCAGCGCAUGCACCAGGAACGGCCGAAGCGCUUCAUGUGCUCCAUCUGCAACAAGGGGUUCGCCGAGAAAUGCAAUCUGAAGGUUCAUGAGCGACGACACAAAGGGAUCAGGCAGUUUGUAUGCCUGGAAUGUGGUAAAGGCUUCACAGCAAGGUUUUCACUGACGGCUCAUAUGCAAGCAAUGCAUAUCAAGGAAAGACCGUUUACUUGUGAGGUCUGUGGGAAAUCCUUUGCUUUAAAUCAUCAUUACAAUCAUCAUAUGGCCAAACACAGGCUGCAGGGGGAUGAUAGCAUACCAGAAGAAAUACAUACUUAAUAACAAAGAGCAGUGAGUAUUCUGGAAAAGGUGGGCAGGUUGCUUCACUAAAUGAAUGCUGAAGUUUUAAAGAAAUAUGAGGUUAGUUCUGACUCUCGCCUUGCAAUCAGAGGGUCGCUUGUUUGAAUCCCACCAUGGCCCAGCGUCCUUUUGGCAAGGCGUCUAUCCACACUUUGCUACUCUCACCCAGGUGUUAAUUGGGUACCAGUACGAAACAACCGUCAUUGUGGUUGGUUUCGCAAGUGUGCGCCUAACAGGCUGCUCAAAAAGCUGUGAAUCCAGUGACUGGGUAAAAAUAAUUGUGAAGUGCUGUUAGCAGUCCUACAUUGAUAUCGCGCUAUAUAAAAGCCAAUUAUUAUUAGACAUCAAGUGUAAUUUUUAGGGUUACAUGAAGCAUCAGUGAAUAAUGAUUGAGUUGUGUAUUUCUAUGACUUAUGUACUUCUUAUCACCUCUGAUAAAAUAGAGAAAUAUAUUUCUGAAACAAGUCUGCCUCAAAUUGUUGAAAGUCAUAGAACGCAGACGUUUGACCUAAUGAGCAGGUAGUAGGAAGGGUCAACUUCUUCCAUUUCUUGAGAUUUUUUAUUUUCACCCCCGACCCUCGUCAUUGGUGUGCACAAACACCACCUCCAGCACCACCACGUUAAAUUUGAUGAAAAUAAUCCCAAAUAUCCAGGGUGCUACAUAAGCACUUGCCCAGGGCAAGUAAAAGUUAAAGUCGGGCAAGUGUUUUGAAGUAAAGACCAAAACUACUGCCCGAAUAGAGCAAGCAAAAAUUCUCACAGUAGAAUGACCAAAAUUAGGGUCGAUAUGUUAUAUCGAUCCUAAAUUUGGUCAUGGUGGAGAAGAUGAAAUCACUUUGGAAAAAGAAAUGCAAGAACAAGGUACAUCAGUUCAUGUCAAAAGAGAGAAAAAGGUCAAUGGUUUAUAAAACCGCAAUAUUUUCUUUUGAAGAGGUAAAACUUUUUUUUGAAGUAUUUUUUCGGGCAAGUAUAUUCCAACUAUUUAAAAAUUUACUUGCCCGAUGGGGCAAGUGCUCCUAAAUAGUUAUGUAGCACCCUGCAUAUGAAUGUAUUUUUCGUCACAGAGAGAUUGAUAACGAAAUUAACAUAUUAGCCAUCGUGUGGAGUAAACAGUGCAUUAUUACAUAACGUCUGUAUUUAACUCUUUCUUCCUUGGAUAGAUAAGAACCUUAAAAGGUAACAACCUUAAAAGGUAACAAUUCCCAUGAAACAUGGCAACAAUUAUGCUUUUAAGUCUUGUUAUUAUGAGAUCUAGAAACUCUUUAUUCUAGAUUCCUUGAGUUUGGUGAGAAGAUAUCAGAAUAAAUCAACUCAUAUUCAUAUAUUUCGUCUAAUUUUGACAUUCAUGUGUACUUCUAUAUUGUAUAAACAAGUUAUUGAAAAGGAAAUUCAACUCAUAAAGCAAUAUGGUUGGUAUAUUUGGGCUGUCCGCUGCAUGAGGAAAAAUGACAAAAGGUGUAUUCUAUUUCAUGUUGAAAUGCUAAAUGUAAUUUAUUUGAUAACUUAAGCCGUUGAGGAAGUAAGAGGGAUUAAUUGUACAUAAAAUGAUAUGUAAAUAAGUAAAUGUUGGAUAAUCAUUUUGAAUAAUGAAUUUUCUACGUCUAUACAUAUAUAUGUACAAUUUUCAUCUACAUGAAACUUAACCCCCGCGCACCUCAUACAUAUCAUUCAUAGUGACUCAGAUUGGCUGUGUGAUAGUUUCCACGUAACAAUAUCUUGCCUGUAUUUAGAAUAUUUGUUUUUAUAUAGAGAGAAAAAUCAAUGGAAUUUUGUUAAUCCAAUUUAUAGUAUAUUAUUUGAAUUAAAUUUGAAUUUAUUUAUAUAAGAACAAGGGGAUAUUAAUUGCACUAUGAAGCUAUACCAAUUUUCUUAAAGGACACAAGUCCACCCUAACAAAAAGUUGAUUCGAAUAAACAGAGAAAAAUCCAACAAGCAUAACACUGAAAAUUUCAUCAAAAUCGGAUGUAAAAUACCGGUAAGGAAGUUAUGACAUUUGAAAGUUUUGCUUAAUUUUACAAAAAUAGUUAUGCAAAUCCCGGACGGUAUGCAAAUUGAUGACAUCACUCACUAUUUCUUUGGUAUUUUAUUAUAUGAAAUAUGAAAUAUUCUAAUUUUCUCCCCAUUGUCCUGUAAAACAAAGUUUUAGUUUUCCCUGAACAUGUGGAAUUACCAUUGUUUAACAUUUUUUGGUUCAGUGAAGUUGGUCGUUAUUGUCAAAUCUGUAAAAAUUGAAAUAUUGUAUUAUUCAAACAAUAAUAAACAAAAGAAAUAGUGAGGGAGGGACAUCAUUGAUUCUCUCAUUUGCAUGUGACUAAAUUGUGUAUAUAACUAUUUUGUAAAGAAGCAAAAAUUUAAAAUGUCAUAACUUUCCUAUUUUAUAUCUGAUUUCGAUGAAAAUUUCAGUAUUAUGCUGGUCUGAUUUUUUCUCUAUUGAUUCAAAUCAUCAUUCUUCUGAGGUGAACUUGAUCUUUAAUAUCCACUUGGUCUAACAUUACUUUACUUUAUAUGGGUCCCGUAACACAAAGGUUAGCGAUUGAUUGUACGCUUGAUUUUGACGAUUGAUCGUACAUUGUAGUCAAUGGAAUCAAUCGUAGAAAAAUGUUCUAAGAUCAUUGCCAAGUUUUGUGUUACUGGCCCAUGGUUAGAUGAUCUAAUUAUGGAUCAAAUUUUUCAUUUGACAAGGUGCAACACCGUCUGGGCAUUACUUUAAUUGACCAAGUGCUGUGAAGACCAAAUGUGGGGAUGUCGUGGUCUGGUGGUUAUGACUCUCGCCUUUCAUUAUGAGGGACGUAGGUUCGAUUCCCAGUCAUGGUAUGUUUUCCUUCAGCAAGAAUUUUACCCAUAUUGUGUUGCACCCAACCCAGGUGAGGUGAAUGAACACACGGUAGGAAGAAACUCCCUUGAAUGCCUCAGCGCCUACAUGGCAGCACAGCUAAAGCCGGAGUAAUAAUAGCAGUGCUUUGUAUCAGGCAAAAAGCGCUUUAUAAAUCCAGCUAUUAUUAUUAAAUGAGAUUAGCUAGAAACAACAGAGAAGUACAUGGAGAUUAACUAAUUAUAAACCAAGUGAAAAUGAUAUAAACCAAUAAUUAUUUGCAUUAAAUGGUACCAUGCUCUUACAGUGUAAACCUAGUUUCAUUUAAAAGCGGUCAAAUGCACAGAUUUCCGUAAACAGAUAUCAUUUUAAGGAAGACAAGUAAUAUUGUCCUGUGAGUGAGUUUUGUAUGUAUUUGCCAAAAGACUGGUGCUGCCUUUUAUCAACUCAUUUGUGAAUAUCGUUGUGUAGUGAAUGCCAGUCAUAUAACUUAUAUAUUUGACCAUUUUCCUGUGUGCUAAAACAAAAUCUCAGCAUUUUGCAUUCAUUGUCAACUUCCAUAUGUUAUAUUAUGCUACAUUGAAAGUUAUUUGUCAAUUUUUAAUGAUAAAUUGUUUUGUAUAUCAAUGUGUAUGUAUGCCAAUUGACCUAAAAAAUGUAAGAGUAAUAUUUUUUAUUAGUUAGGUGAACUUUCUUGAAGAAUUAAGAUUAUGAUGAAUUUUUGAAACUUCAUACAUUGAUCUUAUUUUACUUAUGUUUUCUUAGUGAAGCUAAAAGCAGUUUUAGCUUGAUGUAUGUUACAUGGUGGUAGAAGUUAUAGAUUAUCAAUAAAAUUUCUUAGAAAAGUUUCUCAAUUCAUAAAUUUUGUUGAAUUGUAUUAAUCAACUGGUAGUUAUUCCAGUAAGGCCUAGUGGUUCUUACUGGUAUCAACUGGUUUAAGAAUAUACCAGUAUGUUUAAUGGGUUUUAAGUGGAAUCAAGUGGUAGAUGCACCCAUUAAAGUUCUAUGGGUUCCAACUGGUAUCAACUGGUGUACUGGUUUAUACCAGUAUGGUUUAUUGGUUCCAACUGGAAUCAACUUGCAUGUUUCCAGCACGUGCCAGUUGGGUCAAUGGGUUUCAACUGGAACAUACUGGUAUAAUGAGGGUUUACCAGUUGUCCAAACUGGUUUCAAGUGGUACCAGUUGAAUCCAGUAGAAACCAGUAAAAAUUUCAACUGGUUUCAACUGGUUUUUUUACCUGGGAUAAUAGUAUGCCAAUUGACCUAAAAAAUGUAAGAGUAAUAUUUUUUAUUAGUUAGGUGAACUUUCUUGAAGAAUUAAGAUUAUGAUGAAUUUUUGAAACUUCAUACAUUGAUCUUAUUUUACUUAUGUUUUCUUAGUGAAGCUAAAAGCAGUUUUAGCUUGAUGUAUGUUACAUGGUGGUAGAAGUUAUAGAUUAUCAAUAAAAUUUCUUAGAAAAGUUUCUCAAUUCAUAAA